AUGACAGACGAGAAAGAGUACGAGGAGCUUCAGAGGUUGUCUCAACUGAGCGAUCAGUUUGCGACCUACGCGACGGAAUUGCGCAAAACGGCUAGAGCAGCGAAAAAGUUAAUUGACAAGAAGAAGGAAGCAGAUCUACCAUCCGGCGAUCGAUCGGGAAUGAAUAAUAUGGUAAAAGUCGAGUACCAUGUGCUAAUCGAUCAGCUUCGCGUAUUACCAUCCAGAGAAGAAGCAGAAGCUGCCAUAAAGGCGAUGAGCGCGUUCAACGACGAGUUGGAGGUAAUCAAAAGGCGCCUGUCGAAACAACCAAUGGAGGUUUUGGAAGAAACCCACACGUCGAUAACCAAAAACCCAGACUGCCUGCUGCGCAUCAACGAUGAUGGUAGCCAAAGGAUUAUCGCCUAUAUGCAGUCGGCUGAAGCGGCAGAAAAGGUUGCAGCACGACUUCAUGGCCGCAUCGAGAACAAUCGCGAAUUAUUCGUCUCCGUGGAUAUCCUGAAGCAGACCCGUGUAAAGGAAACCGUUGCGGAGCAAGCAAGGAGUCGUUCCUCGUUUGGCGGAACGGUGAUCCCUCCCUUGAUGGCAACACUUUUAACGGAGCCUGAUUUCAAGUCUUCUACGGCCCCAGGAGCUCCACCGGACCCAUGGUCAAACCGAGUUCACCGCCAGGAUGUGUUCCCGAAAGUUGCCGAAAAUUCGGUUAAAACUAGCUCCGGUGCCAAGCCGAAGGCGGUCCAGAAAAAUGCACGGGCUUUCAGCAAGGCAUUCAACAAGGGCAUGCGCCACGACACUGUGGUCUGCAUUCGGGGCAUGCCGCCUGGUUCCUCAGCGCAGCUCCUUCCUUUCAUCGAUCCGAAUGGCGGUGACCUUAUUUAUAAAAAUGGAAAGCCGAAGCUCGUCUGCGUCACGCGUGAAUGGAAGGGAAAACAUCACGAUCUCAUCUUUGCACAUAUGACUUCGAAGGCGGCUGCCUCAAAUCUCGUCCACAAAUAUCAGAAGAUCGCACCGCCGCUCAUCGAUCAUAAGCUCGUUUGGGAAAUCGCCGGCACCAACCUUUGGUCGCGGCUC